UUUAUCCCUUCACUUGUUUUAUAUUAUGUUUGAUUCAUUUAUACAAAGUCAAACGUGAACUACAAUGACUAGCUUUCUAGGAAGUAGAAAGUGGAGUAGGUGAAAGAAACACCAAGCAAGCAAACAUGUGCACCUUGGAGAAGAGAGGCAACAUUUUCAUCCUAUCACUCACCGGCGACGGCGAGCAUCGCCUUAACCCCACACUCCUCAAUUCCAUCCAAUCUGCCCUCCGCCGUAUCCGCCAUGAAGCCACCACCUCCUCCGCCCUCAUCACCACCGCCCACGGCAAAUACUUCUCCAACGGCUUCGACCUCACCUGGGCCCAAUCCCGCGAAGACCGCAUGAUCCUCAUGGAUUCCCUGCUUCGCUCCGUAGUCUCCGAUCUCCUCUCCCUCCCCAUGCCCACCCUCGCCGCCGUCACCGGCCACGCAUCCGCCGCAGGAUACGCCCUCGCCCUCAGCCACGAUUACGUGUUGAUGAGGAGCGACAGGGGAUUUCUCUACAUGAGCGAGCUCGACAUCAAGCUCGUCGUGCCGGCUUGGUUCGUCGCCAUCGUCGACGCCAAGGUCGGCUCGCCGGCGGCGAGGCGCGAAAUUGUUAUGAAGGCGGCGAAGCUAACGGCUAACGAGGCGUUGCGGCUCGGCGUCAUCGACUCGGCUCAUGACACCGCCGAGGAGACAGUUGAGGCUGCCGUGGCUUUAGCCGUUGAUUUGGUGAAGAGGGGGUGGGAUGGACACGUGUACGGCGAGAAUCGGAAGAGGUUUUUGACUCAUGUGAUUCAAGCCGUUGGAGACACCACUGAGAGAAACACUACAUCGCGGCUUUAGGGCCCAAGUUGUUAGGCUUAGUACGGUAUUCAUUGGACCUAAUUGUAAUAUGAAAUGCAAUAGUCCGAUAAAUAUAUAUUGUGAAAGUCCAUUGAUAUUCUGUGUUUGUGAGCAAUCAAU